GAAGAAGGUCUAGAAUCUGCCAUCUGCUGGGGUAGGGUUCCCAGGAUCAGCACCAUAGAUCCGGACAGCAGCAGCUCUCUGAAGGGAAGUCUAGUCUUGGAGCUCACUGGGUUCAAAGUUCCAGUUCUGAAGAUGAAUUGGGCAACAGUAACAUGCUGGACCCUUCUACUUCUGGCUGCUUUCUUUUGUGAGAAUGUCACCAGCAAGGGAGGUCGAGGUGGAGCCCGAGGGGCAGCUCGUGGCAGGGGUCGAAGCAGCAGCAGCAGUCGGGUGAGAGUGAAGUCUGCCCCUCGCUACAGUUCCUCAGGCUCAGCCUUCCGAGUUGCAGCGGCUGCCUCAGCUGGAGCUGCGGCAGGGGCAGCUGCAGGAGCGAUUGCUGGGGUUGCCGGGAGGAGAAUAUCCGGAGAGGUAGGCAUGAACGACGGCUUGGAGACAGAAGUCUACUAUGGCAACCAGACGAGGGAAGGAGUCUACAGCUUCAGAUGGACAUCAGGGACUGACCAUUGGGGCAUGGAGCCCAAUCUCAGUCUCUGCUUGAUGGGUUUCUUUCAGUUGUUUCCUCUUUAG